UUGAUCACCAUCCACGCUGACCACCGACACUCCAGCGAUCGCCACAGAAGUGUAUUCCAAGUACACACCCUGGCUUUGGACCACAGUCAAAUUAAAGCUGUACCCAGAAGAGACAGAUUUGCUGGGAUCUUCAUGGUACCUGAGAGCGGUAGAUACAUCCUCAAUGCAAAAAAUGCGACAGACGCUUGCCAAUAUCUCAACGUCAGCAUAGCGACCACAGCCCAGAUGGAGAGAGCCCUUCAGCUGGGACUGCAGACAUGCAAAUUUGGCUGGAUAGAUGGGCAUGUUGCUGUCAUCCCACGAAUUACAAGAGACCCAAAAUGUGGCAAGAACAAAACCGGGUUGGUGACCUGGAGCCCAGCAGCAGAAAAACUCUUUUGUGCAUAUUGCUUUAAUGCAACAGACUUAGAGAAUGAUUUGAGCACAACAUCAGACAUCCCAGUGACUUCUAAAUCAACUGCGGCAACGAUGGCAUCAGUGCACACCCUGACAGCUGCCACUUCCUUGUACAGACAAAAUGUCAACUCUACAUUUUCAACAAAGUCAACAAAGAAAGCCUCAAAACCGAAUCCUCACACCGCCGUUGUUGGUCCAUGGGUCAAGUCAGCACGUUCACCUUGGCUCUCCUCCACCUCCGGUGCACUCACAUCUACCUCCAUUGCCACUCUUAGCUCUUCUCCUUUAUCUGUCACUCCUUUAAACUCUGUUGCUUUUCGUUUCUUCUCUGAAGCAUCUGGCCGACCCUCCACCUCCUCUGAUUCCUCUGGCUCUGUUCAUACCACCACUACCAACUACACCAGUGUACUCUUCAAGUCUGUGAACUCUACAGCGGUGUCUCUGGGAGUUGUACCAACGGCUAUGAUUGUUCUUGUUAUGAUACUCCUCAUCUUGACCACAGCAGGUGCACUUUGGUAUUACAAUCUGAAGCGGCGUGUUUUCCCUUUCUGGCCCCGUGGGCAACAGAAAGAUGACACUGAGACGGAGAUGUGGAAGCAAACUGACAGUGAAAUGGACCUGCACAGCCAUCGGGGAGGAGAAGAAGAAGACACAGACAAGAAGUACUGCAGCAACGGCACUCUCUGUGCUUAUCCAGACAUCCAGACAAACUCUGCACAGUAGUUUCAUAUUCCCGUGGGUAAUAUCUGUGGUGGAUUAUAUGCAAAGAUACCAAAUUGUUAUCUACUAUAAAAAUUAAUUUCUCUAUCAAGCAUGGAGCAUGGUUUGCUGUAUAAAUGACUCAACUGUCUAUUCUGUCUCCCAAAGUGAUUGUAAAUAUGCUAUAUGUAGAACAUGUUCACCUCCUGCCGACAUUCAUUUUUCUGAUGUCCUAAAGUAGAUGCAGUGCAUAUGUGUAUGUGUAUCAGUGUAGUACUGCGUGCAUGUCUUUGCAUUUGUUUUUUUUGUUUGUUUGUUUUUUGUUUUUGUUUUUUGUUUGUUUGUUGUUUUUUUUCCUCCUUAGGAUGCAUUAUAAACAUUUGAACUGAAAAUAGUUUCCACAAAAUAAAA